GCCAGUCGGCAAGAAACAGUUGCGCAAGCGGUGGAGCAGGCUGCCCGGACGGAGGCGCUUGCGUGGCUCCACAAUGGCGGCGGCAGUUCGUGCUGCAGGCCAACUAUCUGGGCUUUGCGGCCUGCCGGCGGGUCAUUUAUGGUCUAGACAGCUUCACCUAAACACCUUUCCAACAGCUUCCUUUUUGGCAUUCAAGACUGUUCCUAGCAAAGGUCCUUUUUCAUCUCCAAGAACCAGAGACGAUUGUCAUUUCACCAGCUUGGCCCGUGCACUACAGACACAGUGCUGUAUUUCUCCUCCCAGUAACUUGAUAGGCCAACAGCACAGACCCUAUAGUUUCUUCACAAAAUUGACAGCAGAUGAGCUCUGGAAAGGUGCUUUAGCAGAGACUGGCGCUGGGUCAAGAAAAGGAAGAGGCAAGAGAACUAAGAAAAAGAGAAGAAAGGAUUUGAACAGGGGUCAGAUCAUUGGUGAAGGGCGUCAUGGCUUCCUAUGGCCUGGUCUGAAUGUCCCUCUUAUGAAAGAUGGAACUGUGCAGAUGAUUGCCCAGAGAAGCAGUGAAGAGCAGAAGAAGGUGGAAGCUGAUCUAGCCCAGCAGAGAGAAGAGUGGGACCAGAAGAGGAAGAUGAAGGUUAAACGGGAACGAGGAUGGAGUGGAAACACGUGGGGAGGCGUCAGCCUUGGCCCCCCCGACCCUGGUCCCAAUGGAGAAACAUAUGAUGACUUUGAUACCAGGGUACUUGAGGUAAGAAAUGUUUUCAAUAUGACAGCAAAAGAGGGAAGAAAGAAGUCAGUCCGUGUCCUGGUCGUUGUGGGGAAUGGCAGGGGAGCUGCAGGUUUUGCCAUUGGGAAAGCCACUGAGCGGGUAGAUGCUUUCAGAAAAGCAAAGAACAGAGCAAUUCACUAUUUACAUUUUAUAGAACGAUAUGAAGACCAUACAAUAUUCCAUGAUAUUUCUUUAACAUUUAAAAGGACACAUAUCAAGAUGAAGAAACAACCCAGAGGCUAUGGCCUCCACUGCCACCGGGCCAUUAUCACCAUCUGCCGGCUCAUUGGCAUCAAAGACAUGUAUGCCAAGGUCUCUGGGUCCACCAACAUGCUCAACCUCACCCGGGGCGUCUUCCAUGGGCUCUCCCACCAGGAAACCCAUCAACAGCUGGCUGAUAAGAAGAGUCUCCAUGUUGUGGAAUUCCGGGAAGAAUGUGGCCCUUUGCCUAUCGUAGUUGCCUCCCCCCAGGGGGUCUUGAGGAAGGAUCCAGAGCCAGAACAUGAGGUUUCCGACAUCAAACUGGAUUGGGAAGAAGUGCGAGUUGCACAGGGAAUGAAGCGCUCUGUGUGGUCAGGUUUAAAGAGAGCCGCCACCUGAGCUUCCCUCUGGCCUUGUACAGCCACAGUACCUGGUACUCUCCUCCCCUUGGAAGAGACAACCCCUUGCACAUUUUUUAUAAGGAAAGGCCAACUUUAACUUCUUUAUUUACAAUUAAUAAAUAAUUACAGCUUUAA